CUACCCCUCCUUUUAUUAUCGAAGAGGAAACAAACCCCACGCACAAUCUCACAUCCCUCUCCGCUACUCAACACCAUCAGAACCAAACAAAACAGCUUUUGCCCCGCUCCUCUCUCUCUCUCUCUCUCUCUCUCUCUCUCUCCAUCCAUGGCGCGGACGAAGCACUUCUCCAACAAGCCCUCCUCACGCUCCAAGAAGCGCCUCCAAUGGAAUCGCUCCCCUCGACCCCGACCCGGGGGAGCGACCACCUCCGCCACCCCAAGUACGGCUAGGCCGAGAAGCAACGCGCCUCCGCAGGGUACCGGUGCUGCUGCUACUACGUCGCCGGGUCAGCAGCAGCAGCAGAAGCAGAGGCAGCGCCAUAGAUUCAGGCCCGGCACCGUAGCGCUCCGGGAGAUCCGGAAGCUUCAGAAGUCGGUCAAGCUGCUCAUCCCUUUCGCCCCCUUCGUCAGAAUUGUGAAGGAGAUUAGUAACUUCUAUUCAAAGGAUGUCUCACGAUGGGCCGCCGAAGCUCUAUUGGCUUUGCAAGAGGCAGCAGAAUCGCAUUUACAGGAGUUGUUUGCGGAUGCUAAUCUUUGUGCAAUUCAUGCUAAACGUGUUACACUCAUGCAAAAGGAUAUACAACUUGCGAGGAGGAUUGGUGGUCAGAGGACGUGGUGACACGAGACCACAUGAAUCAUGUUCACUCAGAUUUAAGAGCUUUCCAUGGCACUAAUCUAACAUCUCUAGAUCAUCAAUAGCUUACAUUCUUAGGCUAGUCAAAAGGAGUUCUAUCCCUCAAACAUCUAACAUGUACUUGAUUCUGAAAUAUGCUAGGUAGCAGCACUUCAUGUAUCAAUGGAAGCAAUUGUCUAUUCUUGUGGUUGUACUUUUUUAUAUUACAUGCUGUGGCCAAACUAUUGCUGUUGUUUAUUUAAAUCUAUCAAAUUCUUGGUUA